AUAAUGAAGAUACUCGUGAAAUUAUUUCAGUUAAAUAUGUGCUCAAUUACGGAUUACAAAAACGAAGUUCACUGAAAACUCCCUUUCAUGUGGACUGGUGACAGCUCUCUCCAAGCAGGAACAAGCCUCAGUUGUUUUUUCUCCGUAGGAAUGGUAGCGUUAGCCGGUUAGCUCUUCGGGCAUCAGUUGUAGGAUUAACUAACUUGUUAACGUGUUUUGGCUUUCGGUUAUUCUGUUAAAAUAAUGAAUUUACUGCCGUCUAAUCCCCACGGCAAUGGGCUCCUUUAUGCUGGAUUCAACCAGGAUCAUGGAUGUUUCGCCUGCGGAAUGGAGAACGGAUUCCGUGUGUACAACACAGAUCCUCUCAAAGAGAAGGAGAAACAAGAGUUCCUGGAGGGCGGGGUCGGCCAUGUGGAGAUGCUGUUCAGGUGUAACUAUUUAGCACUAGUGGGAGGAGGAAAGAAGCCAAAGUACCCAACCAACAAAGUGAUGAUCUGGGAUGACCUGAAGAAGAAGACGGUUAUUGAGAUUGAGUUCUCAACAGAAGUCAAAGCAGUGAAGCUUCGGCGUGACAGGAUUGUGGUGGUCCUGGACUCAAUGAUCAAAGUCUUCACCUUUACCCACAACCCCCAUCAGCUGCAUGUGUUUGAGACCUGCUAUAACCCCAAAGGGCUAUGUGUGCUGUGUCCCAACAGCAACAACUCCCUGUUGGCGUUCCCUGGCACUCAUUCAGGCCAUGUGCAGAUAGUAGACCUGGCCAACACAGAGAAGCCCCCGGUUGACAUCCCCGCCCAUGAAGGGGCGCUGUGCUGCAUCGCUCUAAAUCUACAGGGCACAAGAAUAGCUACUGCAUCAGAAAAAGGGACCCUCAUUAGAAUUUUCGACACAUCUGCAGGUCAGCUCAUACAGGAACUAAGACGAGGCUCUCAGGCAGCUAACAUUUAUUGCAUUAAUUUCAACCAGGAUGCGUCCCUCAUCUGCGUGUCCAGUGACCAUGGCACAGUGCACAUCUUUGCUGCAGAGGACCCCAAAAGAAACAAACAGUCAAGUUUGGCAUCAGCCAGCUUUCUUCCCAAAUACUUUAGCUCCAAGUGGAGCUUCUCCAAGUUCCAGGUCCCGUCAGGCUCUCCGUGUGUGUGUGCCUUUGGAACAGAGCCCAAUGCUGUCCUAGCCAUUUGUGCUGACGGCAGCUACUACAAGUUCCUGUUCAACCAGAAAGGGGAGUGUGCCAGAGAUGUGUACGCCCAGUUCCUGGAGAUGACUGAUGAGAAAAUAUGACCUUUGAACCCUCUGGAGACUUGCUAUAACACAGCCUGGUUUUUUUUUCUUACUUUUUUUAUUUUGGAGGAGAGGUCCUGCGCUGCACUUCUCCUUAUCUUUAAAGACUCUGAAAGAGAAACAGAUGAAGGGACACACAAAGACAGAAGCACAGACUUUGGGGGUACAAUGAACGGGUGGAUGCAGACUUUGGUCUCUCUGACUCCUGAGGAUUGUCUCUGGACAGAGGGACGCAGAGGAUUGUCUCUGGACAGAGGGACGCAGAGGAUUGUCUCUGGACAGAGGGACGCAGAGGAUUGUCUCUGGACAGAGGGACGCAGAGGAUUGUCUCUGGACAGAGGGACAGAGGGACACGGAGGAUUGUCUCUGGACAGAGGGACUUGGAAGAUUGUCUCUGGACAGAGGGACUCGGAGGAUUGUCUCUGGACAGAGGGACUCGGAGGAUUGUCUCUGGACAGAGGGACUCGGAGGAUUGUCUCUGGACAGAGGGACGCGGAGGAUUGUCUCUGGACAGAGGGACUCGGAGGAUUGUCUCUGGACAGAGGGACUCGGAGGAUUGUCUCUGGACAGAGGGAUGCGGAGGCAGACUUGACUCCCAAACCAAAACACUAGAGAAAAGAGGGAACGGUAUUUUUCUUUAUGAGAAACAUGCCGCUUUUUAAGACGUCUUCCGAGAAAUGUACAAAAGACGGUUAUUUUUAAUCACAUGACUGAUAGAUCGACGGAUUGAAAAUAUUGAGAUUUUUGUCAACCACCUAAUCUAACUAUAGGGAGUGCCUCGAGACUGGAGAGAACCUGUAUGUGUGCACAUGUUGUUGUCAUAUAUACAUGUGUGUUUGAGUAUAUACUGAAUCAGAAUGAGGUAACAUUGGAACAGACUGAUUCUGCAUUGUGUAGUAUUACUACAUUGUCUUGAAUUCACCGUAUAAACACAAGGCGCCAGACUGAACUUCUAACUACAUAGAAUUGUACAGAAUAGUAGCAGAAAGAAAAUGUAACAUGUAUUUCUGUUUCCCUCGUCCUUUUUUUGCAUACAUUGUGCAAUGUUUUCCCUAAUUGCUUUUUGAGAAGAAGAGCUUGUGAAAGAGUGCUUUGUUUUUUUUCUACCUGACCAAGAAAGCUUUAAGAAAUAGUUUGACAUUUAUUCUAAAAUGCAGGUAUCGGUUUUUUUGCUGAGAGAUGAGAAGAUUGUGGUAUCCAUAUUCUCAAUUUACAGUCUGCAAGAAAGCAAAUUUAAGCGCAUUUCUCAACUUAAACUAUUUCUUCACGUGUUUGUUGUUCUACCUGAUCAGGAGAGAGUUAGAGCCAAACACGCACGGACUCAUUGUAAAUCACAAACGGGAGUAUUUUGAACUUGAUUAAAGUCUUCAUGCUUAAUGUUAAUGCAUUCUUAAAUCAGAAGUCUCCAUUGGCCAGUGUGGCUCUCCAGUUUCAGCUGUAUGGCACAUUUCUGUUGAUAACCCUGUAUCUCUGUAAACUGCUUCAGCAUGUCCCUAACGCCAUUGAUAAAUUCAGCUAAUGCUAAUCAGGGACUCUGCAGUGCUUUGUUGGAGCAUGUGGCCGUAAACGGGAGACGGUUUAGAUCCACCACAAUGGAACUUAGAAGUGAAACUGUAAAUGUUUAAUGAAAUUUUACUUUUUUUUUCUUUUGUCAUCAUUGACAGCAUUUUUAGUGCAAAAACAUUUCACUUGUUGCUUUCUGCAUCAGAUUGUACAUUGCAGGGGUCGCUCUGUUGAACUCACACAGCACUUGGCGGUCACUGACCACAGCAGGGAUGCUGCACACAUUGAAAAGCCAACUUGUGUCUGACACACUCAGAAUGAUUGUCAACCCUGCAUUUAAAUUUGUGAAUAAAAUGUAACAUCUGCUUUUACAGAUAAAUGUUACGGGCUGUUUCAUGCCUAUUAUACAA